GAUGGCGCGGCCCCUGCUGGCCCUGGCGCGGCGGAGAUGGCCGAUGCGGCGAGCUCGCAGCAGCAGGCCCUGAUGAAGGUGCUCGGAGACGAGGUGAAGUUGAGCAUGGGCAGCAAGAUGCCAGCGCCCCCGAAGGAUGUCACGUCCGUUGCCUCGCUCGGCGAGCAGUUGCUCGAGAUGUUUCAGCAGAUGCACGAUGAGGGCGGCUGGGGUGACAACGAUCAAGCAGCCGAGCCUGAAGCUGAAUCCGAAGGCGGUAAAGCUCGCGACGAGAUUCUCGAGGAGUGCAAGGCUAACAACUUCUACGUGAAAUCGAAGACGCCAAUGUACCGACGGUUCUGGCGUUGGUUGGUAGACACGCCAGGUGAGUGGGAGAAGUACAACAAGCUGAA